CACUUCGUUAUGAGUUUUCUCAGCCGCUGUGUCUGCUGUUUGGUUUAUCAAUUUAUUAUAUUUUAGUACCGUGGAAAUGUGUUAAAAGUUAUUAUUUUGAUUAAAACUAAUUCUGGAUAAUAAUUCUGAUCUAUACCAUCAGAAAAGGUUAUUAUCGACCUGUCAAGAAGACAUUUUUUUCGUGAAGCUGUACUUGCAAAAUUCGCAAAAUAGGAGACGAAAACCCCUUUAAGUUUUCAAAUUUCAUAUCGAAUCUGCCACCAAUAGGUGGUAGAACGAUGCCUCGCUGCAGCAAACGCACACGGAGCGGCGCUCCCGCGAACGGGGGCGAAGUCCUACCGGGGGCGACCGCCAUCGACGAACACCAUCACCACAAGAGAUCUAGAAAUAGCAGUUCACGUCGACAUUCCAAAUCAGAAGACACGAGUUUUAGCGUAAAGAAAUGUUUAGCAUGGUUUAAAGAAUACACAACAGUUACAGAACCAGAUGUAUUAGGUCCAGAAGGCAUGGAAAAGUUCUGUGAAGACUUAGGAGUGGAUCCAGAGAAUGUUGUUAUGUUGGUCAUUGCAUACAAAAUGGGGGCAAAACAAAUGGGCUAUUUCACACAAGAGGAAUGGUUAAAAGGUCUAACAGAGUUACAGUGUGACAGUGUGCACAAAUUGCAGAACAAAUUAGAAUAUCUUCGCAGCUUACUCAACGAUCCAUAUAUUUUUAAGGCUAUUUACAGAUACUCCUAUGAUUUUGCAAGGGACAAAGACCAGCGGUCCCUAGAGACGGGCACGGCGCGAGCACUGCUGGGCGUGCUGCUGCCGCGCUGGGCGCUGCGGCCGGCGCUGGCCGACUUCCUGCAGCGCGGCCGCUACCGCGUCGUCAACCGCGACCAGUGGUGCAACAUCCUCGAGUUCAGCCGCACCGUCGACACGCAGCUCAAUACUUAUGAUGCUGAUGGCGCUUGGCCCGUGAUGCUGGACGAGUUCGUGGAGUGGCUGCGCGGCGAGCGGGCAGGCGACGCCGCCAUGCCGGCGCACAGCUGAGGCCCGCCGCCGCCCUAGUCGCCCCAGCUGCACAGGGGAUGAUACAAGAUAGAGUGCUCAUGUGUACCGUGUUGUGUGUGAUCAGUGUUUCUGUGGAUAGUGCCGGAUUCAUUUAUAGCAAGAAUACAAGAUGACAUGUGAAAUUGUUUCCAGACUUACAAAAUAAAUAUUGUUAUUCAUAUUUUAGUAAUUGUAACUAGGUUCAUACCUGGGUUCCUGCUCUAAAUAUUACUAUGGGCUUGCACUCGCAAAAUCCGGCACUGUGGAGCACACAAUAGUGACAGCGAAUGAAAUGUUAAGACCUGAGCAGAAAACAAGUACCUGUGUGUUUUAAUUUCAUUUUAUAAAGCUGAAAAGUUUGGUUGAGCAUGCAAAUCUCAGGAACUACUGGACUACUAACUAGUGUUAGAUGGCCCAUUUAUCGUUUAAACAGCUUAGAGCUGGCAGAAGCUAGUGUUCAGCAAAAUAAAAAUCAAUACUGCCACUUUAAUUCAAAAUUAUCUUGCGAUGAUUAAUGUACUGCUAAUCUGCUUGGUCUUUACAACUUUUGUUGUCCUGAAUAUGAAAAUACUUGUACACAUUAGCACUCCAUUAGUUGUCUAAUCUGUGGAAUGUAUAGUUGAAGUUGACUAUACAGUGUGAAUAGGAAAUAUAUGCAGAGUGGAAAAGACUUGAUUAGGAAUGGAAGGU